UGUCAUAGUUAGCUAUCGGAUCCGAAUCCGACAUGGAGCUCAGCCACUCGGCGGUGGCGACGGCACUGUCGGACACGGCGACGAGCGCCGCCGGCACUGCCGCCGCUGAUGAAGCCCUUCGCCGACUCUCCGACAACUUCGCCACCCUCCUCCACUCGCCGGACCUCGCCGACGCCUUCAUCAUCGUUAAAGGCGAACCCGACCAUUCGAUCCCCGUCCACCGCUGCGUUCUCUCCGCUCGUUGCCCCUUUUUCAAGGGUUUCUUCUCCGAGAUACCAAAAGGAGAAGAAACUAGGAUUGAAAUGAAGGAGCUCGUGACGGAAUUCGAAGUCGGGGUUGAUGCUCUGAAUGCGGUUCUGGGCUAUGUUUACAGUGGCCGUGUAGGGCUGCCGCCGGGGGAACCCAUUAAGUGCGCUGAUGAGGACUGCCGGCACCGUUGUUGUAAACCGGCUGUGGAUUUUGAGCUUGGGGUGCUCAUCACGUCGUCAAAGUUUGAGAUUUCUGAACUCGUGAGCUUGUAUCAGCGGCGGCUCUGUGAUGUUCUUGAAUCUGUAGUAAUAGAUGAUGUACUGCGGAUUCUCUCAGUGGUUCAUAUGCGCAGCCAUUCCUGCAUGAACUUGUUUACCAAGUGCAUUAAAACUGUGGCCCAUUCUGAACUUGAGACACUGACUCUUGAAAAAGCAUUGCCCAAAUAUGUUGUCGAACAAGUAAUGGAUUUGCGACCUAAUCCACCGCCCUCUGAACCCCAAAGCGCUGAUUCCUUCAAUAACCAUGUGAAGAAAUUAUACAGUGCUCUUGACUCGGAUGAUUUUGAAUUAGUUGAGCUACUGCUUGCUGAAAGACGCACCUCACUCGAUGAUUCUUGUGCACUACAUUAUGCUGUUUCUCAUUGUCAUCAUAAGAUUGUAAAGAGGAUUCUAGAUCUUGAAUUGGCAAAUGUUAAUCAUAAGAAUAGCAGGGGUUACUCUGUGCUUCAUUGUGCUGCUAUUCGUAAAGAACCUGAAAUUAUCAUGUCUAUUCUAAACAAGGGAGCUCGAUCAUCUGAAACUACACCGGACGGAAGGAAAGCACUCCAGAUUUUCAAGAGACUUACUAAAUAUGUGGACUAUAAGAGACGAGGUGAUGAAGUGAAGUCUAUUUCCAGAGACCAAUUAUGCAUCAGGAUGUUAGAGCAAGCUGAAAUAAAAGAUUCGGUUGUUGGAGAACCUUCAGUUUUUCAUCCAGUAGCUGGUGAUGAUCUUCAUGAUAUGUUGUCAUACCUUGAGGAUAGAGUUAACUUGGCAAGGAGCUUAUUCCCGCUGGAAGCAGAACUCGCCAUGGUAACAGCUGAAGGAGGUGGUACUAUGAAAUUUUUUGUAUCUACAACUCUGGAUGAAACACAAGAACAAAAGCUAUCACGGAAGAAAGCCCUAUGGGAAACAGUGGCACUUGGGAGACGGUACUUCCCCCGAUGCUCUACAUUUCUUGACAACUUAUUGCAUGACACACAGCUUAUGGAAACUGGAACGGAAACCAGAAAAGAAAGAUUUCUGGAAAUCCUUGGUGAGUUUGGGGCCGCCUUGUUGGAAGAUAAACAGGAAAAUGCCACAUCAGCCUUGAUUCUAUCAUCAUCUGCAUCGGCACGCAGGGGCAAAAAGAAGGCUGCUAGAACUAGAAGAUGAUACAUAUAUAUGUGUGUUGGGAAUUGGAUCACUGUGAUAAUGAGAACCUGAACGAUGCUUGAGAUUUAAGUGGAAUAAUUGUUUUUGUAUUAUAGCAGCACUGUUUAU